UCCGAACAGUUUACCCGCGGAUUACGGUUUCCCCGGUUAUGAGAUGAGGAAUUUUAUUAUUGCCGACUAUGCGAGUGUCUUAAUCAAUCGCGUGCGUUUUAAACCGCUACUGUACGCUGGCAUUUGGACAAUAAUACAAAUAAUAAUAUGAAAAAAUAAACGGUACAGGACACUAUUACGUUUCGCCGCACUCACUUCAUCAGCACCCACGAGCCGCCACUGUAUAUAAUUGCUUGUUAUACUCGUCUACUAGUAAACGCUUUACGGGUAAUGAAAGUAAACGUGAGAUAAGAAAAGCAUUGGAAUCUUUUUACGGUGAUAUGUUAAUUUCGUCGUGAUUUUUACUAAUUUUUAUCGUACGAAUGUUUCGUUCGAUUGAUUCGUCCGAAUGAUUUUUAAAAUAAUCCAUAUGAUUCGAUUAUUCACUGGUUUCCGUUGUAAUGUAGCGACACUCGUCCCACACCGUCAUUAUCGUUCAGAAAGUUAUAUAACCUAACAUAUUAUAGAGCCUCGGUAUUGUCGUUAUCGUUUUACCGUCACUCGUACGAAACAUCCGCUUGCGCCGGAUCCACUUGGACGUGGAAUUACCGUCGAGGAAAACUCCGUUGACUUUAUGCCCGAGGUGUUUUUAACCACCGUCGUCCUCAGCUGUAUCCGCUCGUCUUCGUUCGUUCUUGUGUUCUCCGACCCGUUGGCGGCCGAAACUACUGCUGCUGCUUCGACGUAUCGUUGAUGAUGAACAAGCCGAUGUUACACAACUAUAAUCGCUUUGUCAGAAGUCAUCGCUACAAAACCAAGUGCAAAGAGAUUGAGAGGAUCAUUACAGAUAACGUUUUCGUAAACGCUGCUGUAUGUGAUGAGAUAGCUAGCACACAAGAAAAACUAUUAAUUGUACGAGAGGAAUGCAAGUUUUUAACAAAAAAAUUAAAACAAUUUGAAUCACCUUCAGGUUUACCGGUACAAAUAGACACUACUCCUGCUACAAAAAAAUCUACUCCCCGAAAAAAGAGUAAUACCAACGUUAAAAUUAUUGACUUUAAAGACAAUAAAGACGUUUUUAAAGAUGCAAACAAACAAAUAAUUGAGAAUAAAAAAAAGCGUCCAGCUACUAAACGUAAAAAGUAUGCCGUAGAAAUUCAAGAACCUAUAGCUAAUGGAAAUGUCACGGUUUAUAACUUUGGACAAAUUAUCUAUGAUACACCGUUUUAUUAUUCAGACUGUGCCAUAUAUCCAGGUGGAUAUUAUGCUACUAGAACUUAUGCUCAUUUCAGAAAUAUUUUUUCUAAAUGUACUUAUCAUUGCAAAGUAAUCAGAGCUGGUUCAACGCCAAGGUUUGAAAUUAUGGACCAUGAUAAACAUUUCAAAGUCACUGGUUUGAGUACUGAUGAAUGCCAUAGUCAUCUUAUAUCAUUAAUCAAUAAAAUGUUAGGUGCUGAAGACUUAAUCCCUUCAAAUGGAAAUGGUGAUAGAUUUUUUGGGUUAACCUUACCUUUCGUCCGCCUUAAACUACAAGAAAAACCGGAAUCAAAAUUUUGUACAGGAUAUAUUCCAUUAAGAUCUCAGAUGGAAAAUAAUGAAAGCGAACUUAAAGCUGAAAAUGAUCCUUCGAUAAGUUUUGAAGGUUUACACGCCUGCUUGAACCGAUUUCGAUCAAGACGUUAGUGUUCGAUAUUAACACACUAUUCUAUGCAAUUAGUAUCCUUAUUGUAUAGUUGUUUAAAAUUUGAAUAAAGUACUAUAACUAUAAUUUAAAGUACAAUUUUAAUAGCAUAAUAUUAAGUUUAUAAGUAUUUUUAUUUCUUAAUAUAGCUGUCAUUAGUUAUAAAUAUAUUUACUUAAGAUAUUUUACACAUUCUUAUUUUAGGGACAUGAUUAUAAAAUCUUAUUCAAUCAUUGAAUUCAAUUUAAUUAUUAUUAAUUGCUAUUAAUUUUUCGAUACUAGCUCACUAUUCUAUGCAAUAAGUAUCCAUUGUAUAUAGUCUUAAAAUAAUUUUAAUAAUAUACUGUAACUAUAAUUUUAUGUAAAAUUUUAAUAGCAUAAUCAUAAAUGUAUAAGUAUUCUUAUUGCUAAAUGUAAUUGUCAUUAGUUAUAUAUGUAUUAAUUUAAAACAUUUUAUACAUUCUCUUUUU